AUGCACGCCAUAAGGUCUCUCAGGUCCGCAGGGAGGAGUGCGGUGGUACAGAGUACCCGCGCUAGACUGGCCCCCACAGUCACUAGAACUUAUGCCACCGCCAAACCUGCCGCCUCGGAAGUCUCGUCCAUUCUCGAAUCCCGAAUCGCUGGUGCUUCCGUCAGUGGUGAUGUUCAGGAAACUGGUCGUGUAUUGACCAUCGGUGACGGUAUCGCCCGUGUCUACGGUCUCCGCAACGUCCAAGCCGAAGAAAUGGUGGAAUUCUCAUCCGGCGUCCGAGGAAUGUGUCUCAAUCUCGAAGCCGACAAUGUCGGUGUCACCAUUUUCGGUUCCGAUCGUCUCAUCAAAGAAGGUGACACUGUCAAACGUACCGGUCAAAUCGUGGAUGUCCCCGUCGGUCCAGCUCUUCUCGGUCGUGUAGUCGACGCUUUGGGUAACCCCAUCGACGGUAAAGGUCCUAUCAAGGCUGAAGGUCGUACCAAGGCUCAAUUAAAAGCACCCGGUAUUCUUCCCCGUCGAUCAGUCCACGAACCCAUGCAGACCGGUCUUAAAUCCGUCGAUUCACUCGUGCCCAUCGGUCGUGGUCAGCGUGAGCUUAUCAUCGGUGAUCGUCAAACCGGGAAAUCUGCCGUGGCCAUUGAUACCAUUCUCAACCAAAAGAAAUGGAAUGAUGGUGCGGAUGAGAGCAAGAAACUUUACUGUGUCUACGUCGCCGUCGGUCAAAAACGUUCCACCGUAGCUCAACUCGUCAAGACUUUGGAGGAAAAUGAUGCCAUGAAAUACACAAUCAUCGUCGCUGCCACUGCUUCCGAAGCCGCUCCUCUUCAAUAUCUCGCUCCUUUCUCUGGUUGCGCAAUGGGAGAAUGGUUCCGUGACAAUGGCAAACACGCUCUUAUCAUCUACGACGAUCUUUCCAAACAGGCCGUCGCCUAUCGUCAGAUGUCUUUGCUUCUUCGUCGUCCUCCCGGUCGAGAGGCCUACCCUGGUGAUGUCUUCUACCUCCACUCGCGUCUGCUCGAACGUGCUGCCAAAAUGAACAAAGACUACGGUGCCGGAUCCCUGACUGCUCUGCCUAUCAUCGAGACUCAAGGUGGUGAUGUGUCUGCGUAUAUUCCCACCAACGUUAUCUCCAUCACCGAUGGUCAGAUUUUCCUCGAGGCAGAGCUCUUCUUCAAGGGUGUCCGUCCCGCCAUCAACGUCGGUCUGUCCGUGUCCCGUGUCGGAUCAGCCGCCCAGACCAAAGUCAUGAAAUCCGUCGCUGGUUCGCUCAAGCUUUACCUUGCGCAGUACCGUGAGGUCGCCGCUUUCGCUCAGUUCGGUUCGGAUCUCGACGCAUCCACUCGUUAUCUCCUCAACCGUGGAUCUCGUUUGACCGAAUUGCUCAAACAACCUCAAUACACACCCAUGCCUACUGAGAUCAUGGCUCCUUUGAUCUACGCCGGUGUGAACGGUAUGCUGGACAAGGUACCCGUUGAUAAGAUUACCGCUUGGGAGAAGUCUUUCACCGAACAACUCAAAUCUCAGCACACUGGUCUCCUCGAAAAGCUCUCUGGGGGAGUGUUGACCAAAGAGAUUGAGAGUGAGAUGAAGACCAUCAUCGAAGCUCACGUCGCCGACUUUGUCGCUUAGAAUAUAGGUGUGAAGGUGGGGGAGAGGAUUUCAAAAAAGAAAAAAUGCAUCGGAUUGAACACCUCUGGGUGUCAGAAAA